UACAGGAGAUGACCAGAGACUGUGGACACAGUACAGGAGAUGACAGAGACUGCGGACAUAGUACAGGGGGAUGACCAGAGACUGCGGACAUAGUACAGGAGAUGACCAGAGACUGCGGACACAGUACAGGGGAUGACCGGAGACUGCGGACAGAGUACAGGAGAUGACCAGAGGACUGCGGACACAGUACAGGAGAUGACCAGAGACUGCGGACACAGUACAGGGGAUGACCAGAGACUGCGGACAGUACAGGGGAUGACCAGAGACUGCGGACAUAGUACAGGAGAUGACCAGAGACUGCGGACACAGUACAGG